AUGGGUGCGCACGUUUCCACCACCAGCUGUGCUGCCCACUACAACAUCACUCCCAACUGUAGCGUCGUCCUGGCGCAGGACGACUCCACCGCCCUCCUGCUCGGCCAGAGCGCCUAUGGCGAGUUCCAGGGCGACCCAGACAUCGCAGGCAUCGGUGUUCUCGGGGCAUUCCUCUGCGUGACCGCUGCCUCUUUGCUGCUGUCUAUCGCAAGCAUAGCAUGGUGGUGGGCCAAGAACAUCUUUGGUUUCCUGGAUCAUAUCACAAGAGAAGAAAAGUCCCUCAGAAACUGGCAACUCAGUAUCGCCGGCAUCAUCGAGGCGCUCAUCGUUACCUGCAGCGACCAGCAAGUCUUCACGGGCGGCGCCUACGCAAUCACGCUGCGCUAUGCGAAGGCCUGCUCCAUCUCGGCCUACCAUUACAACAUCGUCGCGAGCAUCCUGCUCGUCACCUGCGCCACGCACUUGAUGGCCAUAACCGUUGCGCGGCACUACUGGAAGCAUCCCUUCGUCGGUGUCCUGCGUAUCGCAGUAACCAGCCUCCUCUUUAUCAUUACCGGCGUCCUCUUAGCGAACCGUGACUCCGAAGCCAACAAGUUCCCGACCAAAGUGCCGGAUGAUACGGAACAGUACAGUUUGAUGCUGCUGCCAGCCUCCUGUUUCCAGGGCGGCCAUCUUACGUUGGCUAGCGAGGUCCAGAAAACGCUCAAAGUGGGCUCGGCGGAGGCUUUCUUCACUGGACAGCUGCAUGGCUGGCCGAACUAUGUGAUCAUGUUUCUCUUUUACAUGAUUGCUGUCGCUAUGAGCCUGGGGCGGAUAAUCCGUCGAGGGAAGGGCCGUGACGGAAACCGGAAUAAGUUCAUGCAUUCGCUGAAGCGGGUCUUCCCCUUCUUCUUCCGCAUCAAACGGGUCUUCUAUCUCUUCUUUGGCUGCUACUUGCUUGCCGGCAUCGGCAUAUCCACCUGGACUGUUGCCGCCGCAGCCAUCUACGUCUUUCGGCUGCGAUGGUGGGUCAGCAACUCAGGCUGGAUGCAACUUAACAACAACCAAAACCCAGAGAAUGACCCAUCUACCUUCGGCCAGCUCGUCCCCCUCCUCCUCAUGUCCCUGACAGUGUUCACCUUCCUGCAAAUCGUGAGCGAGCGCGUCCACGCGCGGAGAAUACGCGACAAGGGGUUCGACUACGCCUCGCUCCGCGGCUCAUCCGGCGCCAGCUACGAGCCCUUCUCCCAGUCCCCUCGCACGCGCUACUCGGCGGUGUCUGUCCUCGAAACUGGCUCGAUGCGCGAUCAUGACCACCGAGGUCAUGUGCCAGAGAACGAACAGCAGCUGUAUGACCCGGCUCAGUACGACGACAACGACAAUACCGUGCAGGAGAAGGAGAAGCACGAGCCUGUUGUGACCGUGGCGCUCGUCCAAGAGCCCGAUGACAUGGACGUGGCUGAGUACAAGCGUUAUGCCGAUCGUGACCACGGUAACGUUCCUGAUUAUGAUAAAUGA